GUGAUCAAUUUCGUGCCGUGCAGUGGCCCUGUGUUUGGCGAACAGGCGCUGACGUCCCCACACUUGGCUGCCGUCAACUUCACGGGAAGUGUCGGCACUUUUCGCAACAUAUGGCGAACGGUGGCCAACGCUCUCGACGCCAAUCACGGCUUUCCCCGACUGGUGGGCGAGUGCGGCGGCAAAGACUACCACUUUGUGCACGAGUCGGCCGAUGUGGACACCGUUGUCGCGCAGACCAUACGCGCCGCCUUUGAAUACAGUGGCCAAAAGUGUAGCGCCUGUUCCCGACUCUAUGUGCCCGACACCCUAUGGCCUAAGAUAAAGGACGGCCUACUCUCGCUAAGGGCACAGUUAAAACUCGGCUCACCCCUGGAGUUUGACACAUUUUUGACCGCGGUGAUUGACGGGGCGUCGUAUAAAAACAUUAAGGGCUAUAUCGAUGAGGCCAAGAGCUCGGCCACCCAUACGGUGCUCGCGGGCGGCGUUUGUGACGAUAGUGUGGGUCAUUAUAUCGAGCCGACGAUUGUAGAGACCAGUGAUCCCAACAGUAGACUCAUUAGGGAAGAGAUUUUUGGUCCCGUUUUGACGGUUUACGUGUAUAAGACGGGGAGCGCCGCAGCCGUCGACGAGGCGCUAGACCUGUGCGAUAGGACCAGUGGUUUCGCACUCACCGGCGCUUUGUUUGCUAAAGACCAGAAAUUUAUUGACCACGCGACGGAACGUCUGAAACAAUCAGCCGGCAACUUCUACAUCAACGACAAGUGCACGGGUGCAGUGGUGGGUCAGCAACCCUUCGGUGGGGGCCGACUGUCGGGCACCAACGACAAGGCCGGCGCCCCUCACUAUUUGCUGCGCUGGUGUUCGCCGCAGAACGUGAAGGAGACGUACGUUCCGCAGAGGGACUGGCGGUACGACUACAUGACCAAACAG